AUGGCAGCGAAGCUGAUAGUGAUAUGCGCCUCGACGGUGAGUGCGUUCAUAAUAGCGAUCAGUUUGUUUGUGGCAGUCGGACUGGUCAACGAUAUCAACCAACUCUAUUCGGGGAUUAUGGUCGACAUGGAGGAGUUCAACGCGAUUGCAAACGACGCCUGGAAUGAGAUGAUGGCCAUUCACGCGACUGCGCUAUACAGUCUAUUUGGAAGACGUCAGAAGCGUGAAGCAUUGUGCCAUUGUGAAGAGCGCGCUCAGAAUUGUCCACCUGGUCCACAAGGAGAACAAGGAGAUCCAGGACCAGAUGGACCAGAUGGACCACCAGGAGAACCUGGCAGGCCUGGUCCCGAUGGAGUUAAAUUCGUUAUCGAAGAUGUUGGUGCAAGCGGGUGCAUUAAAUGUCCGCCAGGACCACCAGGGCCAGCAGGACCUGAUGGACCACCAGGACCACCUGGACCAAACGGCAAGGAUGGAGCUCCCGGAAACAACGGUGCUGACGGACCACCAGGACCAGCUGGACCACCUGGUGCGCCAGGACCAGCAGGUAUAGACAUACACAUUCGACCAGCCGGACCAGCUGGACAACCCGGUCCAGCAGGUAAAGACGGCGAGCCCGGUCCACCAGGAGCACAAGGAAUUCCUGGAGGUGAUGCAUCCUAUUGUCCAUGCCCACCCCGUACUGGCACGGUCAGUGCACUCUGA